AUGGAAACAACUCUUAGAAUUGGUGUUCUGGCAGCUAGAGAAUUGGCAGCGGCUGAUAAAGAUGGUUCUUCGGACCCAUAUGCAGUUAUUAGAGUAGCUAAUAAAAAACAUGAAACAGCCGUAAUAAAAAAAACUUUAAAUCCAGUUUGGAAUACUUCUUUUGAUAUAAGAAUAUCAGAACAGAACGUACCACCUCAUGUAACUGUUACAGUAUGGGAUGAAGAUCGUUUUGGUCGAGAUUUUUUGGGAGAAGUAACUAUUCCAAUUAAACAAGUUUUCGCCAGAAAUAAUGGAGGUUUAAACGAUGGGUGUCCUAGAACCUUUGAUGAUCCCGCUAAUCAACCAGCCGCUUAUACAUUACAAAAGCGUAGUUCAAAGAAUGAAGUUAAAGGUGAUAUCGUUUUGAAAUUUGGUAUCGUGGAUGACAGCAAUAAAUCAUUGGAAGAAUUAUGGCAUUUCUGGGAUAAUUUAACUGAUAAAGUUAGAUUAUAA